CCAGACGACACAUGCACAUCUGCCUGGAGAGACGGAGAGAACUGGUAUAUUCUUCAACCCGCAUCUGAGCAACCCGCACCAUCUGAGCAGUCACCCGACGCUACGCCUGCAGAUUCGCACGAGGUCCGUUUAAUCCAUACGGGAGACACCCUGUCGGCAGUAUGGGCUAUUGGAAAUAAUGAUAUCUGCAAAGUCCAUCACUGGAGCUCCGAUACCACUUCAGAAAGUGAAACUAUCAAAUUCGUUCAAAAAAUGGCACCCCAGGUACCUAUACCUGAAGUCAUCAAUUCUUGGGUGGAUAGGGAGCGAUCUUUCUUAGUGUUAAAAAGAGUUCCGGGUAUAACGUUAAGGGAUGCUUGGGGGACUAUGUCCGCUACCCAGCAAGACUCAAUUUUGAAUGAGGUUGUUUAUUCAUGCGAGAGACUCGCUUCUAUCACCUCGGAGCGACUCCAAAAUGUAUCUGGGGGUCCAGAUCUCCACCCGAACCCGGAGAUUGAAGAGAGGUUCCACCUAUAUCACCCCGAUCUAGGGCCAGGGAAUAUACUUAUUUACAAUCAGAGACUCGCGGCAAUUAUUGACUGGGAGUGCGCUGGAACCCGCGUUUCUGGAUCUCGACGAAACCUUCUGUAUCUCGGGGACUAA